CCAAAUCACUCUAUGUUCGACCGCGAAACUGCGCGCGCGCCUCAAUUUGUUAAAAUAAUACGGCCUUAUCGCUAGUGCUUUUACAAGAUUGAUAAGAUUGUUACAUCAUUGUAUGAUAAGAAACAUUCAAGUCCGAUACGGCUCGCUGGCGGACAGUUCAUGGAAAUGCUGGCUGAUGUGUAAUUAAGUUUGAAGGCAACAUAGUACAUUGUCGGUGGUAUCAUCAGCGUUAUUGUGCUGGAAAUUGUCGAAUGUCGCGACACGCACUAUGGGGACGACGAAAAGGCUGAAGAUAACUGUCGUGGGUGACGGUAUGGUCGGCAAAACCUGCUUGCUGUAUGUCUAUACAAAAAACGAGUUCCCAGAAGAAUAUGUGCCUACAGUAUUUGACAACUACGUGGACCGCAAAGUCGUGGACGGCGAGGAGGUGGAAAUGGCACUCUGGGAUACGGCCGGACAGGAAGAUUACGAAAGGCUGAGACCUUUGUCUUACAGCAAUACACAUUGCUUCCUAGUGUGCUACUCUGUCAGUAGCCGAUCGUCCUACGAGAACGUGAUCCACAAGUGGUACCCGGAGCUCAAGCACUUCAGCGAGUCCGUGCCUAUAGUUUUAGUAGCAACCAAAAUCGACCUUCGAGGAACAGACAAGGCUGUCAUUACUACUCAGGAAGGAAAAAAAUUAAAGAAGAAAAUUAGGGCUGCCCAACUAGUGGAGUGUUCGGCACUGGAGCGCGUCAACAUGGAUCUCGUGUUCGAGGAGGCGGUGCGCGCGGCGCUGCGCAAGAAGCCCGUGCGUGCGCGAGCCUGCAACUACCUCUGACCGCCCGCAGCUCCUCCUGCAGCCCAGCAUUCACUCGCUCCAGUACGCAGCAAUAGUCGCUGGCGACAAAUCCGGAUCCGUCUCUCACAGAGAUUCUAAUACCAAAACUAGACUCUAGAGACAAUAGCAGUUCAUGUUUAUUCAAGCACUGAGAGUAUUAUUCCAAGUCUUCAGUAUUAAAGAGGCUCAAUUUUACACUAGACACCUAUGGCAUUAAAAUAUUAGACAGGGCUCGAUAUCCUACAUAAUUGAAUAUGUUUGUAAGUAUGCAACGACGGAUAGAUAAGUGAAAGAUAGUAAAUGAAACGCUGGGCUUUUAUUUCCAGUUUCCCCAUAGCGUGCAUUAAUGUGUGUUACAGGUAAAUAGACACAAUAUUGUGUGGUCGUGGGAAUCGCCGUCAUGAUUCCCGGAUGCGAGCCAUGUCUUGGAUUUGACAUUAUUAAACAAUUCACACACCUACACAUCACAGUACUUUUUAACAUGUAGGACAUUCGUACAUACUGUUAUUGACUUAUUAACUAUUAUAUAGUAAGGCUGGCCAGUGGUGUCAGAAGCCGAACGAGUCAAAAAUCUUUACGUACUGUGACAUCGACUCAACUGCUAUGUAGCUAAACUGUCAAUUAUUUGAAGUAUGCCAAAAUUACUUACAUAUUAUUAUAUUGUUAUAUAUUUUACUCAAAAAUAAUUACGACUACAUUUUGACAUGUUAAAAGCGUUAUGUCAAGGUGGUCUAACCAAAGUAUUAAAAUAGUUGCGAGUAUUAUAAGUUAUCACAUUACAGCUAAUGUGAUUAGAUACGCUGCUAGUAUGUCAACAUUUUGUAUUAUUUAAUGAAGAGCAUUUGUAUUAUUAAUAAUUAAAUAAUUUGACCAUGUAAAGUACUGCCUUAUAAAUAGAUUUUACGCAAUAUA